AUGGCUCCUGCGCCCACCGACACCAAGUGGUCGGUUCAAUUCGACUCCUUGCGACGAGAAAACCUUUUCAAGAACCCGCCCAAGGAUCAAACCGCGUACCCGUCACUGGCCGAAUCCAUCAAGCCCCAUGUCGACUCGUUCAAUGCUCUCUUUGAAGACAGCAAAAUUCUGGAGGCCGGUCUCAAGGAUAUCGGCAUCAAGUCUUUCCUCGACGGCGAACCCGAGACCCCUGAACAAAAGAAAGCUCGCCAGGCGGAAGGCCGCCGCGCCCCGAAGCGCAACCGUCUGAAUGUUCGCGUGAAAGAAGUUUUUCUGGAGAAGCCGACCCUGCCGUCUACCAACAAGUUCAGCCACAAGAACCGCAAUAUCUACCCUUCCGAGUGCCGAGAGCGACACUCGACCUACCGUGGCAAGCUGCGCGCGCGUCUUGAGUACCAGAUCAACAAUGGAGACUGGAUGGAGUCGGUGCGCGAGCUGGGUCAGGUCCCCAUAAUGUUGCGCACCAACCGCUGCCACCUCGAAAAGGCGACUCCGGAGGAUCUCGUCACGCGCAAGGAGGAGUCGGAGGAACUGGGUGGUUACUUCAUUGUCAACGGUAAUGAGAAGCUGAUUCGAAUGCUGAUCGUCGGCAAGAGGAAUUUUCCCAUGUCGAUUAUCCGUGGGUCCUUCGUCAAGCGUGGUCACACUUACACCAAGUUCGGUGUGCAAAUACGAUCGGUUCGGCCCGAUCAGACUUCGCAGACGAACGUGCUGCACUACCUUUCGGACGGUAACGUGACCUUCCGUUUCUCCUGGCGCAAAAACGAGUUUCUCAUCCCUGUGAUGAUGAUCCUGAAGGCACUGGUCGAGACCAACGAUCGCGAGAUCUUUGAGCACCUUGUCGGCAGUGCCACCUCGAAGGGCAUGGAGAACACCUUCGUGACGGACCGUGUCGAGCUUCUGCUCCGAACAUACCAGGCCUAUAACAAGCACAGCCGCUAUGACUGCCGAGCUCACCUGGGUAAGUGCUUCCGACCUGUUCUUGGUGUGCCCGCCGACAUGUCCGACGAGGACGUUGGCACCGAAUUUUUGCGCAAGGUCGUUCUCCCUCACCUGGGCAACCACAACGUCACAGAAACCCAGGACUAUGAUAAGUUCAAGAUGAUCAUCUUCAUGAUCCGGAAAUUGUACGCUCUGGUUGCCGGCGACUGUGCUCCUGACAACCCUGACGCGGUUUCCAACCAGGAAAUCCUGCUCGGUGGGUUCCUGUACGGCAUGAUCCUGAAGGAACGUAUUGAGGAGUGGCUGCGGUCUUUCGGUCCCAUUGCCCGUGACUGGUCCAUGCGCAACAACGGCGCUAGGUUCUCAGACCCUUCAUUCGAACGGGAUUUCUUGUCCAAGAUUGUGAAGCGGUCCAACGAGAACAUUGGCAAUGCCCUCGAGUACUUCCUCUCUACCGGCAACCUGGUCAGUCCCACUGGUCUUGAUUUGCAACAGACAUCUGGUUAUACCGUCAUUGCCGAGAAGAUCAACUUCUAUCGAUUUAUCAGUCACUUCCGCAUGAUUCAUCGUGGUAGUUUCUUCGCUCAAUUGAAGACAACCACUGUGCGUAAGCUGCUGCCUGAGAGUUGGGGUUUCCUUUGCCCGGUUCACACUCCUGAUGGUUCUCCCUGUGGUCUGCUGAACCACUUGGCGCACAAGUGUCUGAUUUCCACAGACAAUUUGGAGGUCUCUCACUUGCCCCGAAUCCUCGUUCAACUUGGCGUACAGCCCGAGUCGUCGGUUGCAGUCGAGGAUAGUGUCGUUGUCCAGCUGGACGGCCGUAUCAUCGGUUUCUGCUCGCCCAAGCAGGCCCAAAAGAUCCAUGACACUCUUCGCUACUGGAAGGUAUCUGGAACAAAUGACAUUCCUCGUGGAUUGGAGAUCGGAUACAUUCCCAACAGCAACGGUGGGCAAUACCCUGGUAUCUACAUGUUCUCCCAAUCAGCGAGAAUGUAUCGACCCGUCAAGUACCUCGCCCUGGAUGAGCUGGACUACGUUGGUCCCUUCGAGCAGCCGUUCAUGGAGAUUGCCUGUGUUGAGAAUGACCUGAUCGCCGGCGUAUCCACCCACAUCGAAUUCACGCCGACCAAUAUUCUCUCCAUUGUGGCCAACAUGACUCCCUUCUCCGACUAUAACCAGUCUCCCCGUAACAUGUACCAAUGCCAAAUGAGCAAGCAGACCAUGGGUACGCCCGGUACCUCGAUCGCCUACCGUACAGAUAACAAGCUGUACCGCUUGCAGACCGGUCAGACGCCGAUUGUGCGGCCACCGCUGUACAACGCCUACGGCCUGGACAACUUCCCGAACGGUAUGAAUGCCAUCGUGGCCAUUAUUUCCUACACCGGUUACGACAUGGACGACGCCAUGAUUAUCAACAAAUCCUCUCACGAGCGCGGCUUCGGUCACGGUACUAUCUACAAGACCAAGGUGCACACUCUGGCUGAGCGUGACUCGCGCCGUAGUAAGUCUAAGCGUGAAGUCUCUAAGCUGUUCGGCUUCGCGCCGGGUGAUGAGGUCAAGGCCGAAGUUAAAGCUAUCAUCGAUAGCGACGGCAUGCCGCAUGUCGGUAUCCGGGUUAAAGAAGGUGAUAAGAUUGCAGCUUACCACAACGUGCGCUACGAUGCCUCAACGGACUCGUACGUCAACGUCGAUGGAGUUACACAUUUCCUCAAGUACAAGGACGCCGAGGCCGGGUACAUCGAGAGCAUCCGCCUCAUGGGAUCAGAGAACGGCAAUGAGCCGAUCCAAUCGCUCAGCGUCAAGUACCGCAUCCCUCGUAAGCCUAUCAUCGGUGACAAGUUCUCCUCGCGUCACGGUCAGAAGGGUGUUUGCUCGCAGCUCUGGCCUGCCGUUGAUAUGCCCUUCUCCGAGAGCGGCAUGCAGCCCGAUUUGAUUAUCAACCCCCACGCUUUCCCAUCUCGUAUGACCAUCGCUCAGAUGAUCGAAUCCAUGGCCGGCAAAGCCGGCGCUCUACACGGCCACCCGCAAGACUCAACCCCAUUCCAGUUUUCCGAAGAAAACACCGCAACCGACUACUUCGGACACCAGCUCCGCAAGGCUGGAUACAACUACUACGGUAAUGAGCCACUUUACAGUGGCAUCACGGGCCGCGAGUUCGCGGCUGACAUCUACAUGGGUGUCGUGUACUACCAGCGUCUGCGUCACAUGGUGAACGACAAGUUCCAGGUGCGUACGACGGGUCCCGUCAACGCGCUGACUGGCCAGCCCGUCAAGGGUCGUGCCAAGGGAGGUGGUAUCCGUGUUGGAGAGAUGGAGCGUGAUUCGCUCAUUGCCCACGGUGCUGCCUUCCUGCUGCAGGACCGUCUGAUGAACUGCUCUGAUGCCCAGCACGCCUGGAUCUGCCGUGACUGUGGCUCUUUCCUCUCCACCCAAGUCGCGGUCUCCGGAUCAGGCACGUCCCGUCGCGCCGCCCUAAAUCCCGGCGCUGCGGCCGCAGCCGCUAAGGCCGCGCCGAACCAGCAGAAGAAUGCAGCGGCGAGCGCAUCUGGCGGUGCUCUCGGCGGUGUUGCCGGUAUUGUGCGCUGCCGUCGUUGUGCCCGUCAGGCAUCCUUCAUGGAUUCCCGGGCUGAGGCCUGGGAGGAUGGUGAUGGACUGCGGUAUAUCGGUGGUGAUAAUGUUACUGUUGUCGCUGUGCCUGGUGUGCUGCGAUACCUGGAUGUUGAGCUUGCGGCUAUGGGUAUCCGAAUGAAGUUUUGGGUGGACAAUUAA